AUGACCUCUCGUAUCCAACACUGCGCCAAGUCCAUGCAAUUUUUCGUGAAUUUGAGUGGGUUUUCCAAUUUUUUUCAAUUUUUUAUAUCAGAUGUCAAGUGUAAUAUAAGAAAUGACGAAAAGUCGCUGCAAUUCCAGAGAACGGGCAAAAAGCCGUGUUGGACUACAAGAUCAAGGAAGGAAAUAUUUUGGACAUGAAGCACACGUUUGUUCCGCCCGAGGGAAGAGGCCAAGGGCUCGCGGAAGAGCUGGUCAGAGUAUGUGUAAUAUUUGCGCUCAAAAAAAAAAAGAAAACGCUCGCUGAUGCCUCGUUUUUCAGGAGGGGUUCCAGUUCGCCAAGUCCAACAAAUUCCAAGUGUACCCGACAUGUUCGUAUGUUCAACGAUAUGCCAAAGAGAUUGCCACUCCCGAGGAGCAAAGUCUCAUUUCGAAGAUGUGGAACAAAGCCAGUUUGUAA